AUGGAUCACUCGAAGCCACGUCAGCAGCAGCAGAGCAAUUGUGAGCAGGGGCAGCAGAAUACACAGCCAUGGAGAACAUCUGAUGCACUGGAGGGGCGGAAAGUAGCAAUGCAGAAGUUGGAAGAAUACGAGCAGGGGACAGCAGCACCUGUGUGCCCAGAUACGACAUCUGGUGGUGAGGGUCAGUUAAAACCAGUAGUGCCAUUGCAGGCACCACUGGCGUUGUCUGAAACCUCCCCGCAGGUAGACAUUCCACAUUCCACAUUGCCACCAUUACAAAACGCAAAAGCACCCCAGGUUGCGCUCCAGCCACAGAAAGACCAGCAGAAUGGCACAUUGCAACUGUCUCCCGAAGAGUGGCCAACACCCAUAGAGUUGCAGACACGAGGCCGCCGCCGCCGUUCACGAGAGGAUCCCAACUCACCACAGCAGCAGCGGUCAGCUACGACAUCUUCCAGAACAGUGCAGCAUCACAACAAGGACUCCUCUGUGCUCUGCACACAACAGGACACACCUGCUAAGCCAGAGAACCACACGGAAGUGAGUACCACAAAUCAAGAAAACAUUAAUGCUGCUGAUUCAACUGUAAAAACCUUAGAAGUACCAUCAGAUGCUAGCAACCAGAGGGUAGAACAAAAUGAGGAGGGAUGCAAAGAGGAGGGUAUGCCGCCUGAAACGUGCAGCACCCCAUCUACCCUGUGUGAAGAGCCUGUUGAUGCCUGCCCACAACCCAGCACUGGUCAACAGCAGAUAGAUUACAUACCGUCUUCUGGAGCCUCAACACCGGUACCAAUAGCGAGCGAUUCCAAGCCCGGACCAGACAGUUCCUCACAAUCUCAAACAACUACAAAUUCACCCAGUGAUGCUCUCCCAGAUAAGAACAACCUUCCAGAUAUGGAUUUGUUAUGUGGACUUACUGUCCACCCAAAUAAGUCAGUUUCAAAUCCAGAACAUUGGAGUACUGACGUGAGCCCAUCAACGUUUCAAUUAUCUGAAGUACCUUAUCAAAGUAUAAAAAAUUAUCCUUAUCGAAAUAAUUUACCACCCACGAUCCAAGAAACUGCAUCCACACAUGGAGAAUAUGUUUUGCCAAAUGUUGCAACGUAUGGAAUCUCUCUGAGACCCAGUGAAGUUUCACCCUAUUACAAUUAUCCAGAUGUACAUAACAACCGUGCAAUGCAUGCCACAUCACCACCAUUUUACUGCCCUCCAUCAUCGCAGAGUACACCGAUGAACUACUAUCCAGCACCACCCUACCAACCGCGGCCAACACAACAGCAGUGGGGAAAAAUUGUGGAGCCUCAGUUAGCAGUGAAUCAUCAACACCUGUCUGGAUUACAGCAGCAAACGAUGGUGCAAGGCCAACAAGGGAUGUAUCCACAUCAGACGCCAGUUGGUGACCAAAUACCAGUGCUGCAACAACAUUCACCAGUGGCUCAGCAGCAACAUACGCUCGUGCCACUUCAAUGGACACCAAACUACCAGACGCCACCUGUGUCCCAGGAAAGAUAUGUGAUGCAGUACCAGCCACCGAGCACACAGUAUGAGCCACAGCAAUUAAUAGCAUCCCAGCAGUACCCACCCCCAACCAUGCAGCAGUACCCACCCCCAACCAUGCAGCAGUACCCACCCCCAACCAUGCAGCAGUACCCACCCCCAACCAUGCAGCAGUACCCACCCCCAACCAUGCAGCAGUACCCACCCCCAACCAUGCAGCAGUACCCACCCCCAACCAUGCAGCAGUACCCACCCCCAACCAUGCAGCAGUACCCACCGCCAACCAUGCAGCAGCAACCACAGUUGCAACAGCAUUUUCCACCUACAAAGAAUGAGCAACUGGCAUCUCAGCAUUAUCCACCUGCCACCAUCUACCAGGAGCUACCGUUGCAGCAGCAGCAGCAGAAAUUUCCAUCUACAGAAAACGAGCGAGUGCCGUCUCAACAGUUACUGACAUACCACCAGUACCAAACAGUGUCUCAGCAGCAGAUGCUGCAAAUGAAGUCUCAUGUACCAGUUACCUAUCCAGUGCCAGAAACAUCACAACAGCAGAGCAUGAUCCAGUUACAACAGGGAGUGGUGCAGCAUACACCACCGGUCUCACAUUUACCAGUUCCUGAGGAUUUGACAGAGGAAAAUCAUCAGAAAACUGCUGUGGACCAAGAACAAAUGCUACACCCACCACAACAUCAGAAAUCAAUGACGGACGAGCAGUGUCUACUAUCAACACACAGAGCAUCGCCUGAAGCUGAAGAGAGGCAAGCAGGAGUUCGGGAGACUCAUGGACUAGAGAGACCACCUCGCCUGCUGAGGCCUUGGGCGUCAGACGUGGAAGCUGCUAUGAUUCGUGGACAGGCACCGGUCAGGUCACCAGCCCCAGUGGUGUCAGCUACAGCACCUGCCUUACCAAUUCAACCAGACUUCCGGAGACCGCCACCACCUAUCAAAUUUCUGGCCACUGCACAAGGAGUCAACCAACCCACAAGACCGGCCCCGGCUCAACAGCAUCGUGCCAAUGGUGCCCAUUGGCCAGAACAGUACCAGGUCCCUCCAAGGAUGCUGAACAAUCCUCACAACAAACAAAAUUGGACAAAUCCACCACCAGUGGGAAUCCCAUCUCGCCGAGGUCGAGGAGGUUCUCUUAUUAACAGUGUUGGUCGGCCAAUACGGGGGCAUGGAGCCAGACUUCCAGGUUUAAAUGGUAGUGACUCUGUGCAGAGGGUCUCUGGGGUGCAGAACCAGUGCUCUAACAUGAAUGGUCACGGGCAAGUGCCUGCUCCUCUUCCUCACAGCAUCAGGAGUGACACAGCUGUGACUACAUCAAAUGAGAGUACCCAUUGUGAACAACAACGGAAAAAUGAUUCACCAAAGGAGCCGUGCAGCAGUUCCUCAGAACUCCACUGCCAGGAAGAAAAUACCAACACAGAAAUUCUGGGGCAGGACCAACAUGACUCUGCUGUAGGACAGAAAGUGAAGAAGAAUGAUAAUGAACGUAAUGAUUCUGAUCUAUGGAGCUUAUCUGCAGUACAAGCAGAUGACUGUAUGAGUGAUGAUAUUGGGCAGCAACAACCUAUUGAUGCAAUGCCAGGAGGGCAAUCAGUUGUAAUUAGGGAUACUAAUGAAGAUGAAGGUAAUUAUGUAGAUAAUAGUGAAGAAAGUGAUUUUGAAAGAUAUGAGAAGGAAGAGAGAGUUUAUAUUGAUAUAAAUGUAGAUGAGGAGCUGAAAGGUGUGGAACUGAUUCUGAAUUCAUGA